CCAAUACUCAUUAAUAUGAAUGAGAACGUGUCUACUAAUGGAAUAUAAAUUAUUUAUUACAAGAAGUUAUUAAUAUUAAAUGGAUUGGAUCUAUCUCAUUCGUGUUAUAAUUGGUUUAUUUCUAAUGAAACAACUCAUCUCUCUUCUAUACAUCAUAUUCAUUUAUACAAUUGGAAAGAGAUUAUUUUCUAAAAGGAAAUUAUUGAAAGAAGCUGGUGAAUGGGCAAUUGUCACUGGUGCAACAGAUGGAAUUGGUAAAGUAUAUGCAGAAGAAUUAGCUAAUGAUGGUUUAAAAAUUAUGUUGAUUAGUAGAAAUGAAGAGAAACUUUUGAAUGUUGCUAAUGAGAUUGAACGUAAUUAUCAUGUAGAGACAAGAAUAGUAACAGCUGAUUUUACAAGUACUGAUGUCUAUCAAAGAAUACAAGAAGCUAUAGAUCAAUUAUCAUCAAUUGCUUGUUUAGUCAAUAAUGUUGGUAUGGGUGUUCCUAAAUUAGACUAUUACGCAACAGCAGACUAUAUAACUAUAGAUUUUAUUAAAAACAUCGUUUUUUGUAAUACUUUACCGAUUGCUAUGAUGACCCAUUUAGUAUUACCAAAAAUGUUAAAACAAUCAACAACUGGUAUGGCUAUCAUUAAUAUUGGAUCACAUUCUGGUUAUAGAGCAUUUCCAUUUUUAUCAUUAUAUUCAGCAACAAAAUCAUUUGUGAAUCAAUUAUCUAGAUCCAUUUCGAAUGAGAACUAUGAUCAUCGUAUUCAUAUUCAAACAGUUUGUCCAAUGUUUGUAUCUACAGCAAUGAAUGGUUAUUGUAAAAUGUCAUUAUUGAUUCCUGAUCCAAAAAUUUAUGUUCAACAUGCAUUAAAUAUGUUAGGUGUUGAACAGGAAAUAUUCGGUUAUAUAGGGCAUGCUAUUCAAGCUUAUAUAAAUAGUUUUUUACCAAAUUCAUUUCUAAGAUAUUAUAUGUUAUUCAUAAGAUGGUGGAUUAUUAUGAUAAAACAUAUUUAAUUCGAAUGGAAACGGACAAUAUUCUUAGAUCUAUAUAUAUUACCAUCAUUGAAUGAACUACUUCAAUCAAUUCAGUAUUCAUCUUGUUGUGAUGAUAAGGUGUAGUAAGUUGAACCAAUGCCUGGUCCUGUGUUGUAGCUGACUGACUGAUUGAUUGAUACUUAUAACCUUAUGUCUUUACUAUUGCUAUUAUUAUUAUUAUUAUGAUUAACAUGACAACAUUCAAGAAGACCUCUAUUUACUUUGAUAUUCUUUCUUUUCACUUGUCAUAAUAUAAAUUUAUCUUGUAUACGUAAAACAUCGGUUAUAACUUGUGACCUGUGUGACCUAUUCAUGUAUAAUUUAACGAUAUCGUCAAUUAGGGAGCAGUGAAUUAUCGAUCGGAUCAAUGAAGGUCUUUCUUCCCAUCUAGCCCUACCUGUUACAGUCUAGAACACAAAUCUCAGUCUCCACGGUUUAAAUCGUAUAUUUCAAACAUACUGGGUUUAUAUACCAACCAAACAGACCAUAUCGUACCAUAAAAUAGGAAACAACAUUUGUACAAGAUUUAGUCAAAUGUGCUUGUGAAUGUGGGAGAUUGUAAUUGAAAGACUAGGCAUAACUCAAGAAUGUUAGACCGUAUAAUAAUAGUUUAUAAGUCAAAAUAAAGCUUAUAAUGAGAGGAACACCAAUACGCGUAGUUUAGUUACUUAACAAUUAUACAAUACAAAAUAGAUGUAUAGUACUAGUCUAUAAAUAGAUCCCAACAUACCACACUUUCAAUGGGAUAGGGAAUAGCUUUUCUCUAGGCUAUUCUAGAUACCUCGUUACAGCAGUGCUCAAUUAUAUAAAUCAUUGAGGUGUAAUCUGAUACUUAACUUUUCUGUUGAAAUUUGCAUUGAUCCUCAGAUAUUGAUUUGUGCUGACUACGAUCAUCAGUUUUAAUCAAUAUUGGACAGUUUUUAAGUCAUAUAUAAGACUUAUUGGCGGGCAUACUUAAAUACAGAUUAGUGAUGUGAUAAAUAAAGAGAGAAGAAGAAAAGACAUCAUUAUCUGGACAUAAUUUUAAUCUAUGCAUGCUUAACCAUCUUUUUGUGAGCUCGAUAAGUCACUCUCUGCAUAUGCUGUUUCGAGGAUAAUGGAGUGUGAAUCAGUUACCGGGCAUGUUUCUGAAAUGGAGAGUACUGGACCACUGGGAGGAUCUUGAAGGACUGCUGUUUCGUUCGAAGUACGGCUUAUCGAGGAUCCAUGGAGGUUGCAAUCAUUCUGUAGCUCAGUAUGCAAUUGAGAAAUUAAUCCAUCCACUUCUGUCGCAUCUCUAAAGCAUGAGUGAUUCAGCAGCUGCGUGCGUAAUUAAACUAAGAACUCCAACUAUCGCUCAAAUAGCAGCUGUAAUUGAUCUCAAGGGAGAUUCUUUUUUUGAAUCAGCACUGGUAAUGAAAAUUACUGUAUGAAUAAUGACCAAUGUCGUUCAAGGACACUGAUGAGAAAUCUGGAUGCUGAUUACUCGAAAUAAUUAGAAUGAAUUUCGUCCAAUUACAGGCUGACUUUGGAUCGUAGUUUUUUUUAUACCCCGUCGCCAACUGUUAUGACUUGUGACCGCCGAUUAGAGAGCAGUGAAUUAUCGACCGGAUCAAGGACGCGUAAAGUAAGUGCGAACAGCCUAGAGCUCUGAUUGGUCCUGCUUUCCGCCCAGCCCAGCCCAGCCAGUUAAGUCCAGAGCACCAAUCCAAGCCUCUGUAAUAUGAAUCAUCUGUUUCAAACAUACUUGAUUUAUAUAGAAACCAAACAGACUACAUCGUACCAUAAAAUAGGAAACAACAUUUGUACAAGAAUUAGCCAAAUGUGGCUGUGAAUGGGGGAGGUAGUAAUUAAU